AUGGCACCAUACAUGUCAGUCGAGCACGCGCACCGGACAUACGGCCCCGUCGACAGGGAAGCCCUCCACAGCCACCUCUCCAAGUCGGAACGCGGCCUGCUGCGCAUGGGGCUGGUCAAGUCGGAGCAAUGGCGGCGGCUGCCCGCCGAAGGGCUGUACCAGAUCGUCAUCUCCGAGGUGCUCGACAACGGCAAGACGUACCCCCUGGAGCGCAACGGAGCGAGGGCGUUCUCCGUGACGUCGGUACUGGACCUCGGGUUAAGAAUGCUGGAGAGCGACCGUGGGAGGACCGCUCUCGCCAACUUGGCGAAUAAGGCCAUCUGCGUCUGGCGGGAACGGCCCGUACCCGGCCCCGUGGUCGAGCCGUGGUACAUUGACAUUCCGGCUGCUGUAGACGACUUCCUCCGCUGCGUGCGGAACCGCUUCCCCAUUGUGAAGCUGGACGACCGAAAUGGUUUCUGCCGUGAAGAGGAGAACGAGACGAUGCCGUAUUCGUGGGUCGACGAGUACUCGACGCUGGAGCACUUUGACUUCAACCCCAAGGCCGCUGCGGUCCUGCACCUGAACUGGCAGGCAAAGUUAGUUGGUUGCCAGAAGAAGGAGGGAUUCCUGACAAACUCGCGCUCGCAGCUGAUGGAGAAGCUCUACUGGACCCGCCUCAAGGCAGACAUUGCCCGCCGCCAGCGGCGCGACGACGCGCACCAGGCCGAAACGGUGCGCUUCCACCGGCUCCAGUUCCACCUCGCCGCCAUGGUGACGCACCAUCUCUGCCACCUCUUUGUCAACUUCCUCCGCGAGACCGAGGAGCUCGUCCACCACGUCACCGACGCGGACCUCUACCGCCUCGUGCGGCGCUACGACCCCGGCGCCGAGUUCGAGGUCGACUUCUUUGGCGGCCGGCCCAAGCUCUUCAUCGACCAGCGCGGCCCGCGCGAGGAGAGCUAUCCCGGCCAGAGCUACGUCAUCAGGCGCGGCAAGGGCGGCAGCCGGAUGGCGGCCGUGGUGGCGCAAUACAAGAUUGAGAGCUAUCUCAAGGGCGACUUCUCGGUCCCGCUCCUCACGGAGGUCCAGGCCGAGGUAUUCCCCAUGGAGCGGUACCAGGACGUCCUGAGACGGUUAGGUGGCUCGAAGCACGAGACCUGGCAGUGGAAGGAGGGGCAGACCGGCACCAGGCGGGUUGCCGAGGUUGGUUCAUACGACCAGCAGGCGUUCAGCGUGCCGUGGGAUAUCCAGGGGCUGGAGUACCAGCUGAUGAAGAAGGCUUGCUUCGACCCAUCUAUCAGGGUGGUCGACCCUCGGGGCCUUUAG